AUGGAGUCAAUUGCAAAGGAGAUUGUGCGUGAGAUAUUGUUGAAGCUGCGGACGUGGGACGUCGGGCGAUGCCGCUGCGUCUGCAGGCAAUGGCACAGCAUCCUGACGGACGCCUCCUUCGUCGACCAGCAUGUCCAAGCCGCCCAUGUCGUCUCCGGCUCUGGUGCCGAGGCGUUGGCCGUCACGGAGAUACGCGGGCGCGGCAUUGGGCUUGACAUGGUCGUCCUUAGUGCCUCAUCGGCGAAGCCCAUCUGCCGGGUCACUGACUUGGCUCCCGAUUACCACUGUGCCAGCGCCUGCAACGGCUUCCUCCUCCUCACAUCAGAUGAUGGAAAAUGGCAGGUGUUCGUGUGUAACCCUAUCACCGGCGAGAAGCUGAAAAUUCCAGCGCCACCCAAGAUCAAGAUCACCUUCUGCGAAACGUACGCCAUGGGGUUCAGCCCGUCCACCCGGCAGUACAAGGUAUUCCGCCUCGCCUCCGAGAAACCUGUAUAUUGGGAGGAGACAUUGUACAGCUAUUUGGAUGUGUACACCUUGGGCGACGAUGCCGGAUCAUGGCGGCAGCACCCACAAAUGUUCUUGAAUCGCGCACUAUACGACCACUAUUCCCCGCCACCUGCCCUCGUGGAUGGCAAGCUCUAUGUGCUGACGGAACACCGGGAUCGCGAGGUGCCUCACAUGAUGCUGGUGAUCGACGUGGCGAGCGAGGCGCACUACACCUACCGCCUCCCCCUGCUGGAGGAGUUCACAAGGGAGGUCGAGGCAGAGGUGCAUCUCUUUGAGAUGUGGGGGCGGUUGUACGUUGCCGUACACUUUAUUGGCCAGCAUCUUCUCCACUUCUGGGUCAUGCCGCCAUGGACGAACGACGGGAUGUUACAUGUCAGGUGGGAACUAUGCUACACCUUCUAUGUGGAUGAUGAUGACAUUCGCAAAAGUCAUCUACGGAAGAGGAGCCCCUGGCAUGAUGCCCGUGACGGGAUGCUUUGCUAUAGACUAGGUGACUGUCUCUACAAGUACAACACUACCAAGGACGACCAACGGAAGAAGAAGAAGCAGGCUGGUGGUUUCUCAGAAUGGGACCACCGGAUCCAGCUUCCUGUGGCCCCUUUACCAACCAAGCAGCGGUGUAACUUCUAUGGCGGUUACCGUUAUCAGAGAAGACAAAGAGCAAGACCAAUUUGA